AUGGCCAGGACCUCGAUAGCCUUCUCCUUCCAGAACCUCGGGGGUCACUCUUCACGCCUUCCAGGAAAACGUUCACCAAGGGAACCUCCUGCCGAUGCAUGGCAAGAUUCACCUCCUUCUUCUGUUGACGCAGCACGGAGAAGUCCACCUUCUCCACCCCCUCAACAAAAGUAUCCUCUAUACCAAAGGGAAGCUUCGGCGGCGCCUGCAGGUCAAAGGGAGGAAGCCUCGGCUCUGUCCUCAUCACACUCCGGUGAGCUUCCAAUUGCGCCUUCUUCUUCCCUAGCACGUCGGCAACCAGUCCUUCAUCAUCAUCUCUAG